GCGGCUGCCGGGCAGUGAGCGGUUAACACAGCAACACCCCCGCGCCCUCGCGCCGUGGUGCAGCCCAGCGCGCGGCCCCCAGCUCGGACCGCACCACGCGGCGAGGCGGGGGGAGCCGGGGGCAUUGCGCGUGCGCAGCGGCGCUGGCUGCUGUGCCUGUGUCGCGCGACGGGGUGGGUCGGGCGGCGCGCGCUGCCGCUGCUCCCGCCGCCGGGCUCGGGGCUCUGAGGGCCCCGCGGGGCUGGGCGGCGGCGGUUCGGUCCGCUUCCGGGCGUGUCCGCGGCGCUGCCGGGAGCGGCGGCUCGAGAGGCGGCGAGCCGGCGUUCCUGCGGCCGCCCCGGUCCGCUGGGCGCCGGGCGCUGCGGCCUGGCGCCGCCGGUGCGGAACGGCUGCGGUUCCGGCCGGCCCGGGUCCUCCCGGGCGUCCCCGACAGCCGCCGCUGGACCGGUGAGGUACGGCCGCAUCCCGAGCCUCCCUGGCCGCGUCCCCGGGGCGGGAGCGUUAGUGCUGGCAGGGCGGGACCGCAGCGCCCGGAGCGGCCGCGGCUCUUCUGGAGCGGCUGCUGGUGGGUCGGGAGGAAACGGUCCUUGGGGAGGAGGGAGCGGCAUGGUGCUGAACGUCCCUGGGGACAGGUGCUCCAGGGCAUCCUUCAGCUAGUUCACGCUGCUGGCACCCGGAGCCUCUCGCUCGGAAGUUUGCUGCUCUGCAGUGAGCUCCUGGAAGUCUCGUAACCGCGAGGUUACGGCAGCUUCUCAGCCUCGUCUUGCCAGGUGUCCAGCUUUGCCUGACUCUUGAUUUCUCGUAGUCGAGAGAAAUACUUUCAUUGAAAGUAGAUAAAAUGGCAACCUUAAUUCACACUUUAGCAGAUCACAGUGAUGACAUCAACUACUGUGCCUUCUCAUCAUCGUGCUUGGCUACGUGUUCCUUGGACAAAACAGUUCGCGUUUAUUCUUUAAACAGCUUCACUGAGCUUCCGUACUCGCCUUUAAAAGGUCACACCUAUGCUGUCCACUGCUGCUGCUUCUCUCCAUCAGGCCACGUUUUGGCUUCGUGUUCCACAGACGGCACGACGGCGGUUUGGGACGCUGGCGAUGGCCGGCGGCUGGCGGUGCUGGAGCAGCCCGGCGGCAGUCCUGUCCGCGUCUGCCGCUUCUCCCCCGGGGCCGCAUACCUGGUGUCAGGGGCCGCGGACGGGACCGUGGCUCUCUGGAACGCCCGGUCGUUGAAACUGCACAGAUCCGGGAAUGUUAAAGAUGGUUCUUUGGUGGCCUGUGCAUUUUCUCCUAAUGGAAAUUUCUUUGUCACUGGAUCAUCAUGUGGUGAUUUAACCAUUUGGGACGAUAAAAUGAGAUGCCUACAUAACGAAAAAGCGCAUGAUCUUGGUGUUACCUGCUGCGAUAUUUCUUCACAGCCGAUCUCUGACGGCGAACAUGGGUUCAGAUCCUUCCAGAUGGCUUCUUGUGGUCAAGAUAAUCAGAUCAAGCUCUGGCUUCUUUUGGUUGCAGACUUCUCAGGGAGAGGUUUCCUUUCAUCUUUCGGUACAAGAGCUGGAGAACUGGAAAGAGUGUUGACUCCUGCUAAAACUGCAGUGCAGAUGUGGAGACCAGGCAGAUGGCCCAAAACAUCUGCAGCGGGUGUUGAAUUAAAACAUAAAUGCACAUUGGGUGGACAUUCUGCCCCAGUUCUGGCUUGUGCAUUUUCGUAUGACGGGCAGCUGCUGGUUUCAGGGUCUGUGGACAAGAGUGUCAUAAUAUAUGAGAUGAGUACUGGCAAUGCCCUUCAGACUUUGACUCAGCAUACCAGAUAUGUUACAACUUGUGCUUUUGCACCAUAUAGUCCCUUACUUGCCACGGGUUCAAUGGAUAAAACUGUGAACAUAUGGCAGUUUGACCUUAAGCAACCCUGUGCAGGAACUACGGCAGAAGAUGAACCCCAGGCGGCUGUCGAGGCCUGGUCAGAGGACGAUGUUUCAGCCUGGCUUCGUGCACAGGACUUGGCAGACCUCGUUGGGCUUUUCAAAACUAAUAACAUUGAUGGCAAGGAACUACUCAACCUUACUAAAGAAAGUCUGACUAAUGAAUUGAAAAUCGGUUUUGCUCUAGGUACGUACAGAAAGUGUAAGUUCUUUCCUGUUUCACACCUUCAUCAGGAACCGCUGGGUCUGAGAAUGAGCUUCAAAACAACAUUUUGGGGCAGAAUUUGAAUCACUUGUGAUUCACCAUGCCUUACAUGUAUACCGAGGUAGGAGUAAGCUUUGGGGGAUUGCUCAGUAUGGAUUAACAGAAAAUGGCACGUGCUUUGCCUAUAUCAGCAAAAUCUUAGUUUCAGUGUUCUCUAUAACUAGUUUUCAAAGAUGAUGUGUCACGGAUAAUUCUUUAAUCCCUGACUAGGGAUUUAAUCAGGAGGUAGUUAAUUGAAGUGCAAACUGGAUGCAAUAUUUUUAAUCUGUUUGCAUGAGGGGAAUUUAGGAAAAAUUGCCCAUGUGAUGAAGAUUAAAAAUUCAAAAUUCAGUUACCUCUACAGAAUUAUUUGGUUUCUUUUUUACCGUCCUUCCAUUUGGUUAUAUUUUUCAUUUUUCUUGAUUCCAAACUGGUCUUGUAGAUUUUUACAAAAUUUCCAUGCAAGCCCUUCCUAAGAAUAAGCAUGAACUUGUAUUUCAAUUCUACCUUGCCUUUAUCUUUACGUAUGUUAUUUCAUAGCCCCGAUUAAGGAAGUGCAGGUUGAUGUCUUUGCUGGUUUGUGCACCAGAGUGGCUGUCGGGGGGCGGGGGGCGGGCGCUGGCGUUCGGGCCGGGCUGCGCGUCCGUCGGCAGCGGAGCCGGGCGGUGCUGGGAACGCUGUGGUACCAGCUUUUUAUUGUAGUGCUGAACAUGGGAGAUGAGCCGCAGUGGUAUGUACCACUGCUCGAGGAGAAGAAAGAAUCGUGACACGUGGCACUGCAGUUUUUUUGACACAGAGCAGUUUUUAAAAGGAGGAAUGCUUUGUGCUGCUGCAAGAUGAUUACUGAUAUCUGGGAUGCACUUCCAAUCUUGACAGGUUAAAAUUGUAGUGUGACAGCUUAUAGAACUGUAAAAUUACUUUUCCCAUUAUCAGAUUUCUUUUUUCCUCUUCUGCUCACAAUUAAGUUGGGAAGAAUGGCUGCUGGCUCAAGCACAGAUACCUCUUUUUUGAGAUUCACAGCUAUUGCCUAUUCUCAAUAAACAAGUAAGAGUAACUACUCUGAUCAGUUUGGUGAUACUUAAAUAAACCUGUGGUCCUUCAUGGGGGCCACCUUCCUGUCCUGCUUGGUGUCGUGUCCUACUGCAAGUGUGGCUGGUGCACAGACUUGGCUGUGAGGAGGGUGGCCGUGGUGCCGCGUGGCCGUGGUGCCGCGUGGCCGUGGUGCCGCGUGGCCGUGGUGCCGGGUGGCCGUGGUGCUGUGAGGCCGUGGUGCUGUGAGGCCGUGGUGCCGUGAGGCCGUGGUGCUGUGAGGCCGUGGUGCCGCGUGGCCGUGGUGCCGGGUGGCCGUGGUGCCGCGUGGCCGUGGUGCCGGGUGGCCGUGGUGCUGUGAGGCCGUGGUGCUGUGAGGCCGUGGUGCCGCGUGGCCGUGGUGCCGCGUGGCCGUGGUGCCGGGUGGCCGUGGUGCCGGGUGGCCGUGGUGCUGUGAGGCCGUGGUGCCGGGUGGCCGUGGUGCCGGGUGGCCGUGGUGCCGGGUGGCCGUGGUGCCGCGUGGCCGUGGUGCCGGGUGGCCGUGGUGCCGGGUGGCCGUGGUGCCGGGUGGCCGUGGUGCUGUGAGGCCGUGGUGCUGGGUGGCCGUGGUGCUGUGAGGCCGUGGUGCCGGGUGGCCAUGGUGCUGUGAGGCCGUGGUGCCGGGUGGCCGUGGUGCUGUGAGGCCGUGGUGCUGUGAGGCCGUGGUGCUGUGAGGCCGUGGUGCCGGGUGGCCGUGGUGCUGUGAGGCCGUGGUGCCGGGUGGCCGUGGUGCUGUGAGGCCGUGGUGCCGGGUGGCCGUGGUGCUGUGAGGCCGUGGUGCCGGGUGGCCGUGGUGCUGUGAGGCCGUGGUGCCGGGUGGCCAUGGUGCUGUGAGGCCGUGGUGCCGGGUGGCCGUGGUGCUGUGAGGCCGUGGUGCUGUGAGGCCGUGGUGCUGUGAGGCCGUGGUGCCGGGUGGCCGUGGUGCCGGGUGGCCGUGGUGCUGUGAGGCCGUGGUGCCGCGUGGCCGUGGUGCCGCGUGGCCGUGGUGCUGCGGCUGGAGCGCAGCCCCUGGGAGCUGUUCUGGGGGCUCAAGGGCCAGGUGUCACAGCUCGCGCGUGCUGUGUGACGCUGCACCGACAGCAGGGUCCUUGUGCUCCGUGUGCUCAGCCUGACUGGAGCUAGACUCUGCGAGAUGAAGCAGCAUCUGAAUGCCUCCCUGCUGAUGUGUGACAAAUGUAGCACUUCAUGGCCGUAAGGGUGGCAUAAAUAGGACCCUGUGCCAGACUGCAGGGCAAACCUGGGCCAAGGGUGAUGAGUGAAUUUUGGGGUUGUCCUACACGGCAGCAGGAGUUGGACUUGAUCCUUGUUAGUCCCCUCCAACUCAGGACAUGCUGUGAUUCUGAGUCUCCUCACGUGGGCACUUUGGGGGUCGGCGGUGUUCUGGUUACUGUCUGUUUCCGU